GGCUGCUCAUUCUUGGUGUCAAGAACUCACGAAUUCUUGCAGUAUUUUUUAAAUGUUGCUGCCGCUGUUUGGUUUUGAGCUGUCUCAUCUCUAGCAGUUUGAGAGCUAAGCAACAUGGAAACAUCAAAUUUCCUGCAGAAUGGGAAUAUUCCCAGGGAAGCAAACAAUUCAGGAUGCAAUCGGAUGAAUCUUUGCACUUUGGCUCUUUUAAUACUGGUUGUGGUUCCACUUUUGAUAGUCUGCUUUCUGAGCCUUCAUAGCCAGCCUCCGGAGAUCUGCUGGGCUCAUGCAACUUCACCUUCAAAACAUCGUGAUUAUGACAUCAUAUGGAAGUGGAGCUUGACAGACUGCAGUAGCUUUGUAAGGAAUGGCUCUGACCAAAAGCUGGAGAUCCUGCAAAGUGGCAUGUACUUCAUCUAUGCCCAGGUGACUCGCAUGAAGGAAAUAGAAAGUUAUUUUACGAUGAUGCUCUACAAAGAUGAGAAUAUUCUCCUCAACCAGAUGACUGGAACAAAUACUGGGGAGAACAUUGCCUCCAUCAAUUUCGGGAGACCUUAUUUUCUGAGCAAGGGGGAGAAGCUGUUCUGUAAAGUCAAUGACGGACUUGAACACAUCUUGACAGAAAAUCUGACUUACUGGGGGCUGUACAAAAUGUAACAGACUUCCACUCAGAGUCAGCUUCUCUCACCCUCCAACGAACAUUAGGAAUCUAACCUCUGAGUCUGAAGUGUUUGCAAUUUCUCUGCAUCAAACUCAAUACAAUGAUGCUUUGAGCUUUCUCAUCUUCCUGUUGAAGUAAUUCAGGAUACAUGCUCAACAAGCUGUGAAUGUGCGACUCCAGUAAUGACAUCAGAUUGUCACAAGUUAUGGGAGGAAGACACUUCUCGAAAAACUGUGUGAACAAAGAAAAGCAAUAUCUUGAUGUGUUAGAAAUGUUAGUUCUAAAAUCCCAGGAAAAUGAGUCACUAUGUUCUUCUCAUUCUGCACUGGUAAACAGUUCCACUCCGUGGCUGGCUGCCUUUCCGUGCGGGGUGAAAGUGAUUAUCAUUUGUAUAUUUUGUGAAGUGCCUUGGAGGUCCAUGGACAUGAAAGAUGCUGUGUCAAUGUAAUGUAUAAUGUGCAUACUGUACAUAACCUGGACAAAGAGUGGCCUGUCUAGGAUUGAGGGACCAACAUGUUUAAAAGCAAAUGGAAUAGAGGGACAAUUCCUUGCUCCUAUCCAGGGCUUCAGUGGAACAUCCUCUUCUUUCUGUCCCCUUCUCUCCUCACAUACAUACCCAAUUUUAGCAAGGGAAACUGCAGCUGUCCCAGUCCCCUCAGGGUGAACCCUGCCCCAUCAUCCCUGGGGAUUCACACCAUUUAGGAGUUUUGCAUUCAGAAUGAAUGCAAACUUUAUUUUCUCUUUGAACCAUUGAGUCCAAUGCAGGAGUACUGAAGGUGGCACACACAGCCUGUGUGUCCACAUUAAGAUUCAGGGUUCCUUGACCCCCACCAUUUUCUAUCAUACAGUGCUGUAACAUGGACUUAACAGGGCAGAUAAAGUCACACAGAGCAGCAUCUGGACUGGAGGGGGACCAGGCUUCAAAUUCUCUUAACAUCUAUAGCUGCAUUGUGCAAUAUAAGCAGAUGUAACAUUUGUCAUUGAAAGGAAGUGGAGUACCCAUAUCUCUAUUGAUGGAAGGGCACAACUGUAGAAGUAAAGGUAGAGAAAGAGUGUGAUCUAGUGGGGAGAGCUGAUGAUUGAGAUCGUUGAGCUGUAUCAUAUGUUCCUCUACUGAGUCAGUGUGUGACCUUGGGUAAGUCACUGUGGUUGUGCCUCAGCUUCUCCUCGCUAAACAGGCAUAACAAUGUAUUUACCUACCUCACAGGGAUGUUGUAAGGCUGAAUAAAUGGACAUUGUAAAGUGCUUGGAGAUACUCCGAUUCCCUGUUCUAGUGCUGUGGUUGGCCACAAUCAGGCUUUUUGUUCCUUGAUUGGCUGUCCUAGAGCAAACUCCUCUGAUAGAUAUAUGCUUAUUUUAAUACAAAUAGCCAUAUUUGCAUGAAUAAAGCCUCCCCAAUCAUUCCUUGAAACAAAUUACAGCUUCAUGGAUUUUCAUGGACAAACAAACAAAUACAAACACUAUUGGACUGAAUCACAAUUUAGGGUUAGUUUGGUGCAAUGUAGCUGGUAUGAUUUUAUUUUCUGUGUAUUCCAACAUUAAAUAUUAUGGUGCCUGCUUUACAGAAGUGGCUGCCAUUUUGUGUUCAUUUCAGUGCAGACCAUUAAAGAGGGGACACAAACAUACAUACAAACAAUGCUCUCUCAUGUAGACUUUACCUUUGUUCUUUCUU